AUUUUCUUUGUUUUUGAAAACGUGUUGGAGUUGGAGAUGCUCCAGCGGUAAGCGCUUUUUAACCGGAAAGAGAAAGGGCGUCUGAUUUCUUUACAGUUGCACUACCGAACCAUCCAUACAUCUUCGGUCCUUAGGUACGAACAAUUUGGUCUCGUUUUCCUUUUUGAGAAGGAUUAGCGUUCGAACAGGAAUUCACCCUCGAGGGCGCCAUUCGAUACUCGGCUCGAUUGGAGCAGAUGUCUAUUUUACUUCUUCUGCAGAUUGGCUUUCAUUAGAUGCAUUAACCUGCCAUUAGAAGAGCAUCUCAAAACAAUUAUUUGGUCCUGGAAACCCCAUUAACUAGUAGAAAGUUAGAAGACAGUUGCCUCAGAUUUGUUGCAAUGGAUCAAUUCGAUGACCUCUACAAGGAGCGCGUUGCUGCACUUUUGAGAGUGAUUUAUGCAACCAAGUAUGUUAAAGACGAUAAUGUUCCAGCCCAAAUAGAAGAGGGUCUAUAUUUGGGUUCUGUUGGAGCUGCCAAUAACAAGAGCCUUUUGAAAAGCUUGAAUGUUACUCACAUCUUAACUGCUGCCAAUUCACUACCUCCUGCAUAUCCAAAUGAUUUCACUUACAAAAUUGUUGAUGUAUCGGACCGAGAAGAUGUAAAUAUUGCACAGUUCUUCGAUGAGUGUUUCAGUUUCAUAAACGAAGCUAAAAGAAUGGGUGGUGUGUUGGUCCAUUGCUUUGUGGGAAGAUCUAGAAGUGUUACCAUUGUUGUGGCCUAUCUGAUGAAGAAGCAUCGCAUGAGCUUGUCUAAAGCUCUAAACCAUGUGAAAAGUAAACGAAGCAUGGCUGCUCCCAACCACGGUUUCAUGUUGCAGUUGCAUAAUUAUGAAGGAAUUGGGUUGGGUUCCGGUGAGAAGGGAAGUUAUGGUGAGUAGGGAAGUUAUGGUGAGAAGCGUUGAAAGAGAUCUCCACCCUUGGAUCAAUCCUAAUUGAAUGUCAACACCAAUGAGGUGAACCAAGAUGUACCAGAUCAAUUCCUUUCUAAAGUGUAAUUCAUGGGUGAACAUGAGAUUAAAAGUUAUCAAGGGUUCAGAUCUCUUAUUAAGCUUCUUACUAUAACUUCACUUCUCACACGAUCCUUCGUCUGCAGGAGCUUAAGUCGAGAUUUGGUGGAAAGAGUAAAUGGUUCUCGACUUUAUACAUUCAAAGCCAAAAGUGAGAGGAUGUUCAUACUCAUAGUUGGAAAAAGAUAUGGAACUCAUUCUUUAUUACCAAUUAUGUUAAAACGAAUGUCAACCUUA